GAGCCACCCAAGCCCUCUGGCUUAGCAGCAGCCAGUUUUGUCAAGGAGACAGUAGUGUUUAUAGCUACGUCGCGUCUCCCUCCACCUCUUCCUUCCCCCUCCCCUUCUGUAACCGUUCAGAGGUCUCUCGCCAGGUGAAGAGUCAUGCCUGUGCGCUGGAAGGGACUGAGUGAGUACAAGAGGAAUUUCAAAUGGAGAAAACCAGAUCAGUCUACUAACCCUUGCAGUCCUCCGCGUGAGCAAAUAUGCCGAUGGGCUGGACUUCGGUCAGAUGAGUUUGGAAUCUCAAGAGAACCAAAGUUUAUUUCCAAAAGAAAAGUACCUUAUCAGAAUACACAGGUUUCAAAAUCCUUUGAAUGGAAUGGGGAAAAUGAGUCAGAAAAAGAUACAUCAUCAGAACCUGAAAUACACCGACCAUUGGAGAUACAUGCCAGUGAAAGCAGAGAUGAUACAAAUCAGGAAAAAAUUAAAACACCUGAUGCACCCAGACUUCCAGAAAAAACACAUUCCAAUUCUUCAGGUUCUAGAUCUGAAUUAGCAAUAGCUCUUCCAAAAAGCAAGAAGGCAUCAUCCGUACCUCCGCUGGAAGAAAAGAGAAUAUUAACAUCUGCCCAAAAAGACUUAGAGAAAAUAAGCAGUGGGUUUAACAGAGCUCUGCAGAGGAAAGCAGGUAUGAAUAUUCCACAGUCAAGUAGCUUCCCUAGAAGUUCUGAGUAUCAGCGGCAGUUUGUUUGGAAAACUCCUCAAAAGCUGUCUCCAGUUCUUGCAGCAGAUCAGCUUAUUUACAGUUCAAGUCCUUCCAUUCCUCCAUUUAAAUCUCCUUUGAUUAUUCCUGAGACUGAAUAUGAAAGGAGUUUCAAAGCUUCACCACCUGCAAAAGAACUGAAACACCAGUACUCUUUGGAAGAGAGAGAACAUCCUGGAUCUGAUCCUUUAGAAACUGCUCCUAGGGAAAAGCAUGAGAAAACAGAAAUAUUUUUAAAGACAACAGAAAAGCCAUCAAAAGAAAGCAAACCAGAAACAGAGCAAAACCAACAAAAACAAAAACAUAAGCCUCUCUGCGUACAAAGAAGAUUCAGGAAAAUGAACACAGAAUACAGAUCAAAUUUCUUGUCUCCAGCUCAGUACAUGUACAAAGAUGGAGUUUGGUUGCGUAUUAGGGGAAAUAUACCUGAUCAGGAGUCUCAAAACACUCUAAAUACCAUGUGGUAUAUGGAGGUGAAAGAACUUCGAGAGAAGGCAGAGGCUUACAGGCAAAGAAUACGAGGAACUCAUUUCUCCAGAGAUCAUUUGAAUCAGAUUCUGUCAGAGAACAACAGGCUUUGGGAUUUAUCCUCAGAUUCCAGUGCAGAAGAAUCCAUUAGCAACAAUGUCAGAGCCCUAGAUCUUGCAGGGGUCCCUGAGAAAAAGCUUCCUCCAGGCCCUAAGUUCUUGCCACAAUCUGAGUUGUCAGAAGAGUUCCAGGAGAACAACACUGGGAAAUUAGGCAUGUCAGAAGCUACAACUGUUCCAGUCAAGCGUCGUCUAGUUUGGGAUGAACCAGGCAAUGAUGAACAACUGGAACAUCAGAUACCGGUGUUAGGAGAAGCAGCAGCAGAAGAAGAAAAAGGAAAAAGGCAGGAAUCAGAAGAAGUUAAACAACCAGAAGAAAGUGGUAAAAAUACCACUAGAGACGAUCAGCAGGAAGAAAAUGAAAAUGUUCCAGGUGCUGAUAUGGCAGACUCUUCUUCCGAAUCUUACAGAGGGGUUGGCAGGCUUCCUACCCCAGAGUUAAGAGCACUUGGUGGAGCGCAAAGAACACAUCUUGACCUGACAACACCAGCUACUGGAGGUGCUGUUUUAGUAUCUCCUCCAAAAGUGAAGUCUUCAUCUUCUAUGCAAGUAAGAAAGGGAUCUCCCGAGAAGAAUAUUUUGGCAAAUCAGAACUCAAGGAAAGAUAUAAAAAGAAAAUCUAACAUGGAUGAAAAUAAACCUGUAAUGCUGAGCCAUUCCCUACCUGCUGGGCUAAAAACUAUGGAUCCUUUGUCUCUGAGGAAAGAUCAAUGGCCCAGGCAAGAUACUUGUAGUGUAAGAGUUCCUUCAACUUCACUGCAUGCAGAGCAGGCAUCUGUAAUCUCUGGUGUGAAGUCAGCUAAGGUCCCUGCUCAGUCCUUUUGGAACCCAUCAUGCCGCAUUCAAGGAACUCUCAGGGAACCAGAGUUUCAACAUAAUGGAAAUGUUGCAAGCCCCCAAAGGAGCUGGUUGCAAUUACCACUUCAGGAGAGAAACUAUAAUGAUGAAGAUGAUGACGACCGUUUGUCUCAGUUGUCUGCUCGAUCUUCUGCAUCUAGUUCCCUUGCAUCUCAGGUUCUAGAACGAGCUCAAAGGAGAAAAGAGAACUUCUGGGGCAAAAUGUGAUUCUAUUCUGCUGUGUUUGUACUUGGGCAUUUUAAUACCAAUUUGUGAAAAUUGUUUGCAGCUUUGUAAAAGGCUCUGAUUUUAGAAAUUUCUAGGUAUUUAGCAUUCACUUUACAUUGGAUAGGCUUUGAGAAUGCACAGUCUUUCUUAGAAUUGAACUCUACCUCACAAAGUUGUGAAAGCCAUUUAAUUUUUUUUUACCUAUAACAUAUUUCAUAUGCAACAUGUGACAGUUUUAAAAUUACAUUAUAGGAGAGAAAUAUUACCAUACUCUAAUGUGUUCAUUUUACCUUAUAUCAUUGCCAUGCAAGUGUAAUCCAAAAUCAAAAUGAGUUGGGAGUUGAUCUGCACCAUUCAUUAUUUCUUUAAAUACCCUGCAAAGAUCCUGCAGCCUCUCUUCUUAGUAACCACUGAACUCAAAGUGAUCAGACCCACUCAGGAGUUGCACCAUAGCUUUCUGUAUUCCUUAUUUUGGAAUCAUUAACAUUCCUCCUUGUGAUCCAGCAUAGCAUUGGCACUUCCUCAGAUCUAUCAAGAUAUUAAGUGGCAGUUGAUAGAUGGACCUCACUUUGAUGUCAGUUUGGUUGUUCAGCUUCCAGUAACAAUAGUGUUAGUGUAACUCCCAUAAAUUAUCUGUGUUUUCAUUAUGAAAUUACCAUGUACAUUGGCAGAUGUUACUUUCAUGGCCUAACACCAUGGGUACUUGCCAAGGGAUCUUGCAGCACCUUUGAGAUUAACUGGGCAGAAAAAGUUGUAGCAUGAGGUUUCAUAGACUUAGGGGCUGAACAGGCUGCCCCUUUCAGCACUGAAUUGGGGAUGUGGUAACUAUAUGCCACGACCCUGAUCUGGCCUUUCCGCAGCACAAAAAGGAACCACAAAAAGUGGCUCCUUUUUGUGCUGUGGAAAGGGCCCCAUAGCCGCUGGCGCCAUGGCUUUUUUGCACUGGAUUUUCUGGACACAGCACCAAAGGAGUGCCAUAACCCUGGCUGCUGUGUGGUGGAGCGUUUGACAUCAUGCCAGCUUGGGGUUGGAUUUGGGGCAUAUGUCACACCGACGUCACGCCCCCACUCUAACCUAAUGUUGGCUUUCUGGCUGGUCUGUCAAGGCUCCUGGUCUACUUCCUCAAAUGCUGGGAGUGACCUGAUGGAAGGACCUUUAUCAGUUUUAUAGCCCAUGCAUCCGAAGAAGUAGACCAAGUGUCCAAAAUAUACAUGCUACAAUGUAUUUCACACAGGCCUGGAAGAGAUGAGCCAAAUGAAAUGGCUUCUGGCCACUUUGGGGGGAUUGGCAUGUACAUGAUGUGCCUGGUGGGGCUUGUUGGCUCCUGCAGCUCUGACCCGCUUUGGGAGCAGGCCGUGCAGUCUCAGUGGCCCCAGGCUGUUCCUUCCUGCCCAUCUGCUAUGCCCUGCAGUAAAGUCUAAAAAAUGCUGCAAGAUCUUUUGCAUACUGAUAUUCCAGACUAACAUGACUGUGUUUCUGAAUUGUACCAUGCUGGCAACUUGUUUGUCUGCUUGGGAUUUCCCUCAAUGUUUAUUUCAAAGUCAUGCCCUGUCCUCUUCAUCCAUUAAUGCUAUAAUAACAAAGCUAAAUCUUAUUUCAUCCAAUCCCUGCCUUGAAUAUGUAAGGUACUUUGGUGGAAAGUAACAUAUGGAAAGUAACACACAUACAGCCCCUGAAUCUUACGUUUAAUCAUUCUUCAUAAUUUCAUAGGAUGGUAGGCUCUUGACAAUCUAGUUUGUUGUUUUUAAAUUAUAGUUGUGCUUCAGUGUUGUGCAUAUGAUCACUGUUAGUCUUGUUAAUAAUAUCUGUACUGAUGAUAAAGUUAGUUUUAAAUCUUUUAUUUAGGUACUGUCACCAUCACACACAUCACUUUUUAAGACUCCAGCAAUUUGAAAGGACUGAAUUAUAGUUGUGCAGUGACAUCUGAAUGUGCAAUUUUAAUUUUCUUUCCCAGUUUACUAGUUCUGAACUGUUGACAUUAUUGUAAAAAGUACUGUAAAGCCAGAAUGCCCAGAAAAUUAUUCUUUUUACUGACACAUUAUCCACAGCAUUUUAUUAAGCGAGCACAGUUUGUAAAGGAUGCAUUUUUUAUUAAUUGUAUAAAAAAGAUUUGUGUAGUUUUAGUUUUGUAUUUGUGUUUAAAUGAAAAACAAGCUGUAUUUUGGUAGACAAUAAAUCCUUAAUUGGAAAUAGUCCUGUCUUUAAUUUGAGGUGGGUUAAUUUGCAUAUUUUAUUCAGUGUUACUUUCGCAAUUUCUGCUCAACAAUCUAGUUCAUACUUGAAUCUCCUUUCUCCCAAUAUGUAUUUAAAGUUUUAUAUUUUGAUACUGUAUUGUAACAUUCAGCAAACCUGUCUGGAUGGCUAAAUUCUAGUCUGCAAAUUAAUCCAGGAGGUGCAGGUCAGAAAUUGUAGAAUUUUUUAAUGAGAAAUUGCAAAGAUCCAGUUCCUUAAGCAUCUAAACAUUUUAAUUCAGGAAUGAAACACUGAACAUAUAAAACUUUUUCUGAACUAUUUAAUAAAACAGAACACUGCUGAGCCAUUACAUCUGGUCUCUGCUGAAACUGGAAGUAAAUGUUACUUCUCGAACCUGAAAAACUGUCCAUGAUUUUGUCCUGUACAAAUUUGAAGUUUCAGUUUCAAGGUAUCCAUUCAUUUUGUGAUCUUGCAGGUCCUGUGUAUGUGACAUUUUACUGUUUCCUUUUCUUUUCACGUUAAGAGAGAAUCUAUGCUUUGACCAAAAUAAUUUACCUUGUGAACAUGAUUACAACAUGGAUUUAUCUCAAUUACAAAAUUUUAAAGAGAAUUUUCUUGAGAUGCCAUUUCAUCAGCAGCCAGCGCAAGUGCCACUAAUCUAUACAGAGAGGUUCUUCAAAAUAAAUAGAAAAAUGAUUAAAAAUAAAUGAAUGUUAAAUAUUGACUUUAGACCACUUUGGAAAAUCUCUGUAGGGGGAUUCGUACCAAUUCUGUGUGCUAUUUUGUGUUUAGUCCUUUAAUGUGGAUGACGAUGAUCAGUGAUUAAAAUAUUAAAAAUUU